AUGUGCAUAUCCAUUUACUCGAAGCACACGCAGUGCGGCUGGGUCAUCGACACGCAAAUCGACAAACUUUGCGACAACUGCCAGGCCAACCCCCCCAAGACAGGACUGGACCACGUCCAGGGUUGCGAGAUGAAGACGCGCCGCAUCAACGGCUGUAAGGAGGGCGACGAGGUCGACCUCACGGUACGCAGCACCGUGCUCACCCGGAGCCAGCGCGACACCCUGGCCAGGACCGGACACCACGGCAUCAACAGGAUCAACGCCAUCGUCUCCCGCCGCCCCAUCACCGUGAGCCGCACCACCCUCUCGAGGGAACAGCGCGCCGCCCUGCGCGCCGCCGGCCACAAGAACCUCAGGAGGAUCACCGCCGUCGCCAACCGCCGCAUCUCGGGCGGGACCCGCCACACCUUCUCCGUGGCGCAGCGGGCUGCGCUCAUCGCCGCCGGGCAUACGAAUCUGCGGACGCUUUUUGUGAAGGAUCGCCCCCUCGAGGACCCCUCUUGCUGA